AUGUCCGCCAACGCCAUCACUCAAGAAUUAUCCAAGCUCGGCUUGAACCAACCGGAGCCAGCAAAGGAUACUUACCCAGAAUACAAUGUCGUUGAUGUGUUUAGAAAUUACAUUGGUGAUGAGUUGAACCGUAUCUCUGGAAUUGAUAAAGAUAUCAUUGUUCAAGCAUUGGAUACUCCAAAAUUACUUGAUCAAGGUGAUCUCAUUGUCCCAAUCCCUAAAUUGAGAUUAAAAGGUAUCAAUCCAUCGGAAAAAUCCAAAGAAUGGGCCGAAAAAUUCAACAAGGGUAAAUUUAUCAGCAAUCUUGUGCCACAAGGGGUUUUCCUCCAAUUCUUCUUCAACAAGUCUGUCCUUUUUGACUUGGUCAUUUCUGAUGUUUUGAAAAGAAAGACUGAUUAUGGAUACUUGCCCUUGGGAGUUGGUAAGAAAGUGAUUGUUGAGUUUUCUUCACCAAAUAUUGCCAAACCUUUCCAUGCUGGUCACUUGAGAUCAACUAUUAUUGGCGGGUUUGUAUCUAACUUGUACGAAAAGAUUGGUUGGGACGUUACUAGAAUCAAUUACUUGGGAGACUGGGGUAAACAAUUUGGUUUAUUGGCUGUUGGAUUUGAAAGAUAUGGGUCUGAGGAGAAGUUAGCCAAGGACCCAAUUAAUCACUUGUUUGAAGUUUAUGUCAAGAUCAACAAUGAUGUCAGAAAUGAAACUAACGAGGCUACUGGAGAAGCUCAAGAAGGCACUAUUGACGCUUCUGAGCAGGACGAGAAAAAGAUUCAAUCUUCAACCAAUGAAGAAGCAAGAGCAUUUUUCAGAAGAAUGGAAGAUGGAGAUGAGGCUGCGUUGAAAGUUUGGGCAAGGUUUAGAGAUUUUUCAAUUGAAAAAUACGUCGAUACUUAUGCUCGUCUUAAUAUUGUUUAUGAUAACUAUUCUGGAGAGUCACAAGUUCCACAAGAAUUGAUGAAGGAGGCCACUAAAUUGUUUGAGGAGAAAGGGUUGGUUCAUGUUGAUCGUGGAGCAAAAUUGAUUGACUUGAGCAAAUUCAAUAAGAAGUUGGGUAAAGCUUUGGUUGAAAAAUCCGAUGGUACAUCGCUUUACUUAACUAGAGAUGUAGGUGAAGCUAUCAAGCGUUACGAUACCUACAAGUUUGAUAAAAUGAUUUAUGUUGUCGCAUCGCAGCAAGAUUUGCACUGUGCUCAAUUUUUUGAGAUUUUGAAACAAAUGGGAUUUGAAUGGGCCCAAAAUUUGGAACACAUAAACUUUGGUAUGGUUCAAGGGAUGUCAACUCGUAAAGGUAACGUUGUGUUUUUGGAUAACAUUCUUCAAGAAACUAAAGAAAAGAUGCACGAGGUUAUGAAAAAGAAUGAAGACAAGUACAAACAAAUUGAAGAUCCAGAGAAGAUUGCUGAUUUGGUUGGUAUCUCGGCAGUUAUGAUUCAGGAUUUCCAAUCCAAGCGUAUCCUAAACUACGAAUUCAAAUGGGAUCGUAUGACUUCUUUUGAAGGUGACACUGGUCCGUACUUGCAAUAUGCACACUCACGUUUGUGCUCAAUGCAAAGAAAGAAUGACAUUACUGAAAAGGAAUUGGAGUCUGCCAACUUUGACUUGUUAGUGGAACCAUGUGCUGCUUCUUUGGUUAGAACAUUGGCCCAAUAUCCAGAUACUAUUAGAAAAGCAGUGAAGAAUAUGGAACCAUCAACUAUUGUUACAUAUUUGUUCUCCUUAUCGCACAUUGUAUCGCAGUGUUAUGAUAUUUUGUGGGUUUCGGGACAAGAAAGAGAUGUGGCUGUGGCGAGAUUGGCCUUGUAUGCCGCUACUAAGCAAGUUAUUUACAACGGUAUGACUUUGUUGGGUCUUACGCCUGUUGAAAGAAUGUAG